ACGCUACCGAUAAGCACAUAUCACAACCACACAGAUCUCCGAUAACGUAUCGUCGUACCUUAUUUUUAUAACAAAAUGUCCACAGAGUUCUCGGGACUGCACUAAACGCGUCGUUGCGAAAAUGUUUACAAUACUGUGUCUAUAACAUACUUAAAUAAAAAUGCCAUACUGGAUCAUUUUUUUCUGUGCGCUCAUAGUAGUGUGUGCUCAACCAAGUGAUAAUAAUGACCGUUGUGCAGCUAUACAUUGCGUGGGCGAAGAAUAUGAAUGCAUAAAUGGGCGAUGUCACUGCGCAGAGGGUUACAUUCCUGACCAAUUCCAAAUAAAAUGUAUUCCAUGUCCAGGUCUUGGCGAAAAAUGUUCCGGUCGCUGCUGCAACAGAUAUGGGAAUGGCAGUCUCCAAUGCUGGCAAAAUAUAUGCCAAUCAUGCUACGACACCUACGGUAACUUGGUUUGCAGGGAUUCGCUAGAUCAAAUUUUAUUGAUAUCAACGACUCAAAUAAUUAUGGGAGCCACACUCGUCCUCGGAAUUAUUGUUACUUUCAUCCUGUUAUACAAACUCUGUACAGUUAAAAGCUUAAGGCCUUUGGGCAACGGACCGUCAGCAUACAACACGGAUGGCCGUCUGUCGAUAGGCAGUCUACAGUUGUACGUUGAGGAAAGAUUACGAGACGCGCCGCCACGUUAUUCGAGAGCACCUGCAUCUGGGUCCGCCAUAUAUCCGGCUGUGGCGUAUCUGAAUUCUGGAUUUAUCCACGACAGCAGUAUUCCGCCUCCACCGUACACAGAAAGAAAAAAUGACAAUGUUUCUCAAACCCAAAGCACAAUACAUAUAUGAGGAGCUUCAAUGUAUUAAUUAAUAUAAAAAAGAGCCGAUGCUCUUUUUACCUGGUGUGUCAUAAAUUUGAUCUGUUAUUUUGUGUAUGUACAUAAAAAUAUAAUAUUGUGAUCUUGUUAAGUAAAAAUAUACUAUUUAAGGGUCAAUAUAGUACUUAGUCAUAAUACAGCUAUUUUUUUAAUAUUUAAGUUAAAUUACACUUAAGCAAUUACCAAUGUAAUGUAUUUUAUAGUUUAUUAGGCAAAAUCGUAUCAUACGAAAUUGCGACCAGCAGCCUGCCUCUUGAGAAUCAAUAUAUUAAACUGUUAAAAGAACUUCUUAAUAAUAAACUACUGUGGCACUGUGCCAAACAUUUCUUGGAUUCACUUGUUUUUUUAGAAAAUAUAUUAACACACUCUGUAUAAAUCCCUAAUUUAGAUAGGUAUAUUUCAUUAGCUAUAAUACUGUGUGAACUCAAAAUAUAUUAUUUGAAAAAUGUAUGGUAUUUGUAAAAUUGUUUCCAAUACAAUAUUGAAAUUAUACACUGUACUCCACCUCAAAACAAAUAGUGCUGAGCUAUAAGAAAUAGAACUAUGUCUCAAUUGUCUACUUUUAAUUUUUGUUUGUGUUCCUACCUACCUACCUAACCUAAUAAACCUCACAGAUGAAC